UUCACGCUGACGAAAUAGUAAUGAUGACGACAGUGACGAUGUAUGCUGCCUACCAACAUAAAUAUGGAGCUCAGUGGACAGUUAGAUCAUUCAGAUUCGUGUCCAGAUUACUGCAAACAUCUGCUCCAGAUUUUGUUCCUACCACUUCAACUACUUUGAUCAAAAAAGAUGACUGCGACUCAGUGGAUGGUUGGGUUCCUGCUCAUGGCUCUCUAUGAAGCACAUGCUCUAAACCACUUUCCAGAAAACUUUGUUGUGGUCAAUAGAAAUAACAAGAACCCAACCGUGCUGACCUGCAGCACGGAGCCGGUUAAUGGAUCGAUCACAUGGACACAUGACAGUGCAGAGAUAGAAAUCGAUCAUGUUGAUUAUCAGCAGAACGGUGGAAAUUUAACUCUGUCAUAUGUUGAAACACCUGAAGUGGGGAAAUACACCUGCUGGAGCGGAAACCAUGAGUUGUCAUCCACCUACCUGCUGCUGGAGGUCCAGAGGGAGAAAGAUUCAGACUCAUUCCUCAGCUGUUGGGCAGAGUCGUAUCACUGUAGAUUCAGUUGUAAAUGGAACAACAACGAAUACACGGCUGUGCGUGUCGGACUGGGCCCUGAAUGCACUAAAGGUGAAAAGUCCUGCCACUGGGUCGACGGCAGCCGUCCAACCUCAAAUGGGGAAUUCCACUUUGAGCUGCAUCACACACUGUCGCCCUUUGCAGAGGAAACCAACAGGCUUGAAAUCACUGCUGAGGCCAUCAAUGAGCAGUUCAUGCUCAGACUCACCAAGAAAUUUUAUCUCCGAGACAUAGUUCAACCUGGUAUCCCCACGAUCGUCUCCUGUAACAAGGUGAAACAGAACCUGAGUGUGACCAUCGCACCACCAGCCAACUGGUCCACUCCCCACAGUUUCUUCUGUCUGGAGCAUCAGAUUGAAUACAUUCUGCAAGAUGAUGGCACGAGCCGAUUCUCGUUGUCUCACGUGAUACCGCAGGGCAUCGAUCAGCUAAGAGUCCGCUCCAGAGAUUCGCUGUUGAUGUCCAACUGGAGCCAGUGGUCUCAUUGGAAAAAUGUGAUGACAAGGAGAAAGAAACACAGCUUUCAGGAGUUACCCGCCAACGUCUUGAACUGCUACAAGAAGAAACAGAAGGAAAAGAGGAUCUGACGAGCCAACUCAGAAAGCGGUGGAUUUAAUUUCUGAGUACAACUGCUUCAAAGAGCUUGUCCAAUCCGGCAUAGUUAUAUAAAUUUCGGAGGUUAUUAAUAUUU